AUGUACGCGCGCGACCAGAACCGACGGUAUUUCAUCGCGUCGUUCCAAGUCCCUCUGGACGAGGCUCCGGGCGAGGCUCCGGGCGAGGUCAAGGCAACAAUGACUGACACAAGUGACACAGACCACGAAGCCAUACGGACGCUGAACAACGCAGAAGCUGGAGACACAGGCGCGUUGAGACACGGUUCACAAGCGGGAGAGGACUCGGCUACAAAGGCACUCGAAACCAAGGACGGCAACGCAGACCCGGCGAGAUCUGGAUCAUAUGUCAAGCGUGCUUUUCAGCAAAUUUGCUCCAUACUAGUCGAUUUUGUGAGCCCUUUUGCACCUUUCAUCAAGCAAACUCGAGACAACGUCGAAGACUUGACUUAUGACAACUUUGUCUACGAUAAGAACAUGGAAUACUGCACGACACCGUCAGCCACUUUCUUUGUAUCGGAAGAGCACCGCAUAAUUCCACUCAUCGGCGGAGUCGUGGAGGAAGUCGAACUCCUCACCACGGAGCCCAGCAGCUGUCAAUGA